AUGGCCAGUGUCAGCGCGAGCCUGCGCCAAUUGCGGUGCAAGAAGCCCGCCCUGGGCUCGCAAUGGCUACCCACGGCCGUGGCGAGACGAGCUUCCCCUUCAACACCCCUAGCCGUCAGAACGCUCGCGACGACGACGACGACGACGACGCCGAGCAGCGAAGACACCACCUCGAGCUUCGACAACAACACCGACCUCAAGUCGCAGCUCGAGGCCAUCCGGAUCCCGCAUCGCGGCGUGACGCACGCGCGCGCCGUGCCCGCGACGCCGUCGUACUUUUCCCGGACGCCGCAGUUCAACGACCUGCACAUCCAGCUGGCGCGACUGCUCGCGCGGCACAACCACCUGCCGACGCUACCAUCGGCCGAGGCGGCACAGAUGCCAUGGCUCAAGCUCGAGGCCAUGCGGCGCGAGCUCGGCGAGAGCAUCAAGGCGUCGCACUUUUCGCAGGUGAUGCGCGUGGUGCGCCGCCUGCACUGCAUCGAGCCCUCGCUAGCGCCCGACGAGGUCAAGGCCGCCGUCGCCCGCUUCACCAAGCCCGUCAACGCGCUGCUCAACGUUGCCCGCCCGCUCACCGUGGACCGUUUCGGGCGCGCCGUCGGCGUCGGCCGCAGGAAGACUUCGACGGCCCGCGCCUUUGUCGUCGAGGGCACCGGCGAGAUUCUCGUCAACGGCAAGACCCUGAGCGAGGCGUUUGGCCGCGUCCACGACCGCGAGAGCGCCGUCUGGGCCCUCAUGUCCACGGGCCGCCUCGACAAGUACAACAUCUGGGCCCUGGUGGAGGGAGGCGGAACCACGGGUCAGGCUGAGGCCAUGACAAUGGCCGUCGCCAAGGGCCUGCUGGCACACGAGCCAGCACUCAAGCCCGCUCUACGAAAAGCCGGCUGUAUCACGCGUGAUCCCAGAAAGGUAGAGAGAAAGUUGCACGGUCACGUCAAGGCUCGCAAGAGCCCUGCCUGGGUCAAGCGAUAG